GGUCUGAACUGAGCAGAUUUAUAGAUCAAUAUUUAUAAAUCUGUCUAUAUCUUAUCCUCUAAAUUCUCAAGUUUUAACUUUGUAUCAUCCGCUUUCUUUCGCAAGUUUGGGAUAAAACAGCCGAAACAGCCUGUUUCCGGGCUAGUCAUGCCUGCUUGUGUUCGGUUAUUUGCCAUUUUGCCUAUUUGUUCCUUUUGUGGCCAAGACAACUGUCAACAACACAGCAAGCGAUCAAAGACCGUGUGAAUUUUUUAUAUGUAAUGAUUCAAACCUUUUAAGUUUACUUUAUCAAUAUCAUGCCCAACUCAGCUAAUAAUGUUCCAACUCAGUCAUUUAUUUACCCUGUUGGAGAUAGCUACACCGGCACUUGGGACGAAGAAGGGAGAAAACAUGGUGUCGGAAAACUGAAUUUGACUAAUGGCUCUUUCUAUGUCGGACAAUUUCGUCAUGGUUUAUGUUCGGGUUAUGGUGUAUUAAAACUACCUGACGGAGCUCGAUAUGAAGGAGAGUUUAUAUAUGGUAAAUUUCACGGAGUUGGAAUCUACACCCGCACUGAUGGAAUGAAAUUUGAGGGUGAAUUUUUCGAAGGUGAUGUGCGUGGUUUGGGUUUGCUUACAUUUCCUGAUGGUACCCAUGGUAUUCCACGGAAUGAAGGCAGAUUUGAAGGAACUAAAUUUUUGGGACAUGCCAAAGCUGAAGCAGUAGUGAUAAAAGCAAGGGAAGCUUCUGUUAAAGCUUAUCAAUGUUCGGACCAUAGCAAAUGAGUUUUACCAUAGAGCUCACUGCUUAUUACUUGCAUGAAAACGAGGCUAGUCAUAUUUUCUCUUCCUAAUGUUUAAAAAAUUGUUUUUUCUUUGGGUCUGUUAAAAAUGAAGCAAAAGAGCCAUUUUUUCAGUUUUCUAAAGUCAAAAUUUAAAAGUAAAAAAAUUUUUGUCAGGAGAGAAACUGUCUAGCCUCCCUUCACAAAAAUUGCAGCAGAUCCUUGCUCUUUUGUAGUGGAUCUUUUCUAUAUUGAAAAUGUACUCUGUGUGUCUGAAAUAUAACAACAGUGAUUUAUCAUUAUCAAUAUUUAUCACCUCAUAUUUUGAAUACAAUGACAAGGUUUGAUGAACCACUUAUUAUAUUAUUUGUAUUGGUGCAUUGGUACUUGCUUUGUUCAUCUAGGCUUUGAACCUACCACUGUGUGGUGGAGUUGAAACUAAAACUAGGAUCCACUGCAUUAUAUAUUUUAAAUAAAAUAGGAGUAUAUAUUCCAUACUGGCAAUAUUCAGAUUAACAUAACUUCUAUGAGCUAUAUAGUCUAGUAUUGAGAGAGUAUUAACAAUCAAAUCCAAAUGUGACCAGCCAU